UAACCCAUUGGGGGAGAGAGCAGAGAGAAGAUAACCCUCUCCAGACCUCAGGAGAACCCAUCACCCACCCAGAAGACCCAGACACAACCGGACCGUGGAGAUGAUGUGUAACCUACUCCUAUCGUGGGCCUUCCUGCUGGUAGCCUCCGGCCCGCUAUUGGCCCAUCCCAUCACAGACUCUGCAGAGAUGCCCUACCUGGGUCCUGUAUUCGUGGAGGAUGGAGGAGCAGGUAGUCCAGACGAGCUGUCUUUCUCUGAGCAGACAUAUCUUCCCCAAGCUGGCCCUGGACUCAGAUACUCAUCCCUACUGUCUGGAGAUCUCAGCAGAGACGGUCUCAGUGCAGCUGGACUACUGGCAAGACAGAUGAAGAGAGAUGUGUUGUUGGAGAAACAGAGUCACCUCAACCCCUUCAGCCACUUGUUUGGCAUCAGGAAGCAGUCCAGGAAAAGAGGAGGCACCUCAGAGUGUUUCUGGAAGUACUGUGUCUAACCCAGUCAACGGUCCAUAGAGAAAUGCAUUCACACCGUGCAUUAUGAUGAAGAGAUGUGGCUUGUACUGAGACACAACCCCUCUCUUGCACACAAAAAAGCAUACACAUGCGCACAUAUGUACAUGCACACAUACAUACACACACACAGGAAAACACACACACACAAGGAUUCUACACACAGACAGUGAUGGACUGAAUGGAUAUUCCACAGGUUGAUAUAUGUUGCAGUAUGUUUGCGGACUAUUCCGUUUUUAUCCAGUUUUCUAUAUUUCCCUGUCACGCAUGUAUGUUUCAAAUGUUCAUAACUGUUUGAUGUUACUGAGCAAACAUGACCUAGAUGAAGAACUAAA